AUGGGUUCGUCGUUACAUCUAUAUUCUUGCUGCGGUGAGACAGGCACCGAAUGCUGUUUCCGGCUACAGCCUGUUGUGAUUGCCUACACUGCCGGCUUAGGAUUUGUUUUUGUUGUUGCUGUGAUAUUUUACUUUUUGUUGAAAUUUAAUCUGAUUUGUCCAGUGUCAUCAAAUGAUCGUGAGAAUCUUUCAAUCUUAUAA